AUGAUGGCUAGCACACGCGAUUCGCAUUCAUUUGCUUGCGAUGAAUGCCGGCUCAGGAAGUCAAGAUGCUCGAAAGAGAAGCCCGUUUGCUUGCAAUGUCGCCAAUUGAAUAAGGAGUGCAAAUACAGCCCCAAAAUCAGCAGAAGCCCUCUCACUCGACAACACCUCACUUAUGUUGAAGAUCGCUUGCAUGCUUUUGAAACAGCCUUGGGUAGACUAUUUCCCGGAGGUGACUUGGAUGCCACACUUCGUUCUCUUCUGCAAAAUCCGGAUGCUCCGCCUAGAGCUUCUUCGUCCAAGUCAUCCUCAAGACACUCGACCCCAGCCAAGCCGGAAGCAGAAAGGGCCGAACCAGCGCCAGAAGCCUUGCCACAGCAGGCCGAUGGAUUUGACUGGGCCGAGAAGGAGAUUACGCUGGGAGAUUUAACCGAUGGCAUGGCGGCAUUGUCUAUCAAACCCGAAGGAGCUGGCUACUUCGGAGCAUCCUCAAGUGUUGUACCGCUACGAGCACUAUUUGAUCAUGGAUUUGAUCUCAACAUUCCAGUCCGCUCGGCCAGCUCUGGAGGGGUGCCUCUAAAAGCACAGCUUCUAGAAACUGCUCCAUCCGGAUUGAUCGAGCAGGCUUUCAUCGAUGCGUACUUCCUCAACUAUCACACCAGUUACCCAUUUGUCCACGAAGCAAGUUUCCGAGCGCAGUUCCACGAUCCAUCCUUGCGGGCCCAUGGUACAUCCUGGCAGAUUCUGCUAAAUACUGUGCUGGCGCUUGGAGCGUGGAGCAUUGGGGAUGACAGUUCGGACCUCGACAUCACCUUCUAUCAGGAAGCGAGAGGUUAUCUGCAGCAGGCAUCUGUAUUCGAAACAGGGAACCUCACACUGGUGCAGGCUCUACUGUUACUGAGCAACUAUGCCCAGAAACGGAACAAGCCAAAUACCGGCUGGAACUACCUGGGAUUGGCAGUGCGCAUGGCCAUGAGUCUGGGCCUCCACAAAGAGUUCCCCGGUUGGAAAAUCAGUCUGCUACAGCGGGAGAUCCGCCGGAGGCUGUGGUGGGGCGUCUUCAUCUUCGAUAGUGGUGCCGCCAAAACCUUUGGUCGACCGAUUCUUCUCCCAGAGGAUAGCGUCAUGGACGCAAAGCAUGUUCUUAACAUCCAUGACGAUGCCCUUACCCCUGUAACAACAACUCUCCCGCCCGAAGAACCCGGUCCAACCCUUUACUCUGGCUUAAUCGCACAAGCCCGUUUUCACCUCCUUACCAACAGCGUCUACCAGCGUCUGAUCUCGAGCCCCAGUCCAACACCCGAGGAGACGCUGAAUCUGCAGAAACCAAUGGAAGAAUGGUACAACGGCUUGCCAUCCUAUAUCCAGCAUCCUCAACAAUCCCUGUCUGUCCAGCCGACAAAUAUUGUCCCGGAAAAUCUCGCCUUAGUGCGCAACCGUCUCCUGUGGAGAAACUGGAACUUGACUAUUCUGAUCUACCGACCUAUCUUACUCCGCUGGGCCGCGAGACGAUGGGCACCUAGUGGCAGUAUCGGUGGUCCCCCAGGCACUCCGGAUGGAGGAACCGAAGACCCAUGCGAGACAGAGUGCCGGGUUAGAUGCCUGCAGACUGCGCGAUUGACCAUUUCAUCUAUCGCAGAGUAUAUGGACAACUACGUGUGCAUGAGAAUCGGGGCAUGGUAUAUGCUAUACUUCCUAUUCCAAGCCGGCCUCAUCCCAAUCGUCUUCCUAAUGACCGACCCCUCCAACCCAGACGCCCCAACCUGGCUCCAAGACAUCGAAACCACAAAAUCCCUCCUCUCCCAUCCCUCCAUAGGAAACAAUCGUUUCGCCACGCGCUGUCUAGAAGUCGUGAACAGACUCAUAGGCUCGCCUACGCAGGCCCUCCCUGGUCUACCCGGCCCUGGAGGCCCACACCAGCAACAACACCCGCACCAACAGCCUCUUCCCCAGCAAGCCCAGCAGAACUUUAUGCCUUCCUUCCCGCAACAACUCUUCAGCGACCCCGGUUUCCCAGGGUCUUUGUUUCCGGAGCAGCAGAUGCCGAUGCCCCCUCCCGGUGGAAUGGACUUUUCAGAAUGGGUUAAUUUCCCGCCUACUGAAUGA